GCUUGUUUUCUCAUAAAAAUACCAGAAGCAACCCAGCACCAGUCAACAAGUUGAAACUCUCCCUCCAAAAACACCUCUCUCUCUCUCUCUCUCUCUCUCUCUCAUUAUCCUUCGUCACUUCCUUUAUAAAAACCCUCCAGUGUUAAUCUCCUCCUCUCUAAUUACUCUCUCUCUCUCUCUCUAAAAAUACUGUGAACAUAAUUUUUCCUUUUUUGUACGGACAAUGCCGCAGGUGGAUCUUGAAACUCUAGUCUCAGCCUGCGCCGGCGGCUCCUGCGACCGCAAAGUCGCAUGUGAAACCAUCGCCGCCUCCUCGACCACCACCAACCACUCCCAACCACCACUGGACUCCUCCGAUCUCGCCGAAGUACCACCAGAUUUCCCGCCAGAAUCCUUCUGGCUUUCCAAAGAUGCCGAACUCGACUGGUUCAGCACCAAUGCUUACUACGAACGCAAGGAUUCCACAAAAGGAAACUCGAACUCCACAAACUUAAACCCGAACAUCAUCCCCAACCCUAACUCCUCCAACUCACAGCGUUUCUCCAGCUUGCACACUAAAGCGUCAAUCAUUGGCUUACCAAAGACACAGAAAUCAACCUUCGUUGUUGACAAAAAGAAUCGCCGUAACUGUAAACCUGGAAACACACGAUUGUUUCCUAAAAGGUCCGGUUCGACCGGUAAAUCGGAUUCGACGACCAUGGUUGAACCGUCUUCACCGAAAGUAUCUUGUAUGGGAAGAGUGAGAUCGAAGAAAGAUCGUAACCGUAGAUUGCGGAAGCAACAGCAAGAACAAAGAUCUUUUCAAUCAAUCGGAAAGAAGGAAAGUACUAAAAGGGACAAGAAGGAAAAAAAGAGUUUCUUUGCCAGUUUUAAAGCCAUCUUCAGGUCUAAGAGUAACAAUAAAGAUACAUCACUGAAGAGUGGCAAUGUCACGUCGCAUGGUGGAUCGGUUAGCGAGAGUUACGCGCUUAAGAAAUCGAGUGAUAUUAGGGACCGGUUGCCGGCGAGUGAUAGAGACGCGCCACCAAGAAGGAGCGUUGGAAUGGAGCCGGUUGUUGGUUUGGGAGGAAUGACGAGGUUUGCGUCCGGGAGGAGAUCGGAGUCGUGGAGUGUCGAGAUCGACGUGGUGUGAACUGAUUGGGUCAAGUAAACGGUGGGGUCCAGGCAAGAGGGGUUGCGGUCGUGAUUGGGUAUCUUCUGUGGGGUUUAAUUUGAAUUACAGUUUAGGAUGACUUGGCUUGGUGAAUUAACCGUUUCAAACGCGGUAACUACAGUUACUACCUUUCCACGUUUUUUUUAGCCUGUGAUGUGAUUUUGUGAGAAAUUUUAUAAUGUCAAGGGAGUAAUUGGUAGAGUAGUGUUUUAUUAGUUAUUUUUUAAAUUUAUUUUAAAAAAUAUAUAUAAUUAGGAGAGAAAAAUUUUAGUGGAAAAUAUUUUUAUGAUUGUAGAUUUUAUCCUUUUCUCUCUCUUUAUUUAAGAUAUAUCUAAAAAAUAAUUAAUAAAAUAUUACUAAUUACUCCCUAAAUCCUAUAAAAAUUUCCUGAUUUUACUGCUCUUUUUUUUUUCUCCUCCGAAAGGGCUUGUAGAUAUAAAUUGAGUGUAGAUUGUUAUUAUUAUAAUAAUGUACGUAGUUCAUGAAGACUAUAAUAUCAUUGGAUAGUGGUUCUUUUGCAAGGA